CCCCAGGUUGCCCAGGUAACGGUGGGCGCGCGUGGUCGGGAAAGAGGCCUGUUAGCCUUGAAGAAUGGCAGAGGCAGUCUUCCGUGCCCCGAAGAGGAAAAGAAGAGUAUAUGAGAGUUACGAGUCACCACUGCCCAUCUUUGGUCAGGACCAAGGUCCCAGGAAGGAAUUCCGAAUAUUCCGAGCUGAAAUGAUUAGCAACAAUGUGGUAGUCAGGGGUGCAGAGGACAUGGAACAGCUGUAUGGGAAGGGUUACUUUGGAAAAGGCAUUCUUUCAAGAAGCCGUCCGAACUUCACAAUCUCCAAUGCCAAGCUGGCUGCCAGAUGGAAAGGUGUGCAGACAGAUAUGCCUAUAAUCACCUCAGAGAAGUAUCAGCGUCGAGUGGAAUGGGCCAUGGAUUUCAUGCGUAGACAAGGCCAGGAUGAGAGCACUGUGCGAAAGAUCUUGACAGACUACACAGGGCCACUGGAGCUCCCUUGCAGAAAGGAGAAAGAGGAGACCCCACAGUAUGACCCACUGAAUUCCAAGGCCAACUCCUCCCUGGAAGGCAGAAUGGGAAAGGAUGAACUCCCUGUGACCACUGGAGGUGCUGGACAGUCAGAUGACCUGCAGGGUCUCAACACACACUCAGACUGCCUACAGGAGGGGCCUGACCAUGCCACACUCACUGUGUCUAGUCCAUCUAGCCUUAAUGGACAUGUGAUAGAAGACACCACAGUUCUGCCCCAAGUCCCCUGCCAUAACCAGGAAGCCCUCAUUCCCCAGGAUGGCCCUUGGCCUGAAGACAGCAGCCGGACAACAGGAGAGAAAAGGGCUGCUCAUGAGUAUGUACUCGUAGAGGAAGAGCUGUGUGAUGUCCAGGAGGACGAGGCCCCAGAUGAGAAGUUGCUGCAGAGAAAGAGACUGGUGUGCAGAAGAAAUCCAUACAGGAUCUUUGAGUAUCUGCAGCUCAGCCUAGAAGAGGCGUUCUUCCUGACGUAUGCCCUGGGAUGUUUAAGUAUUUACUAUGAGAAGGAGCCUUUAACAAUAGUGAAGCUCUGGAAAGCCUUCACUGCAGUCCAGCCCACCUUCAGGACUACCUACAUGGCCUACCACUACUUUCGAAGCAAAGGCUGGGUGCCCAAAGUGGGGCUCAAAUACGGAACAGAUUUGUUGCUGUAUCGGAAAGGCCCUCCAUUUUACCACGCAAGCUAUUCUGUCAUCGUUGAGCUAGUGGACGACAACUUUGAGGGCUCCCUCCGAAGACCUUUCAGCUGGAAGUCACUGGCUGCCUUGAGCAGAGUCUCAGGCAAUGUCUCUAAGGAGCUGAUGCUGUGCUACUUGAUUAAGCCCUCUACCAUGACUAGCGAAGACAUGGAAACCCCAGAGUGCAUGAAGAAGAUACAGGUUCAGGAGGUGAUUCUCAGCCGUUGGGUUUCUUCACGGGAGAGAAGUGACCAGGAUGAGCUUUGACCUUUCAACCUCAGAGUCCACAGUUCACCAGCAACUCUUGACUGUGGCAGAAGUCUGCCCUGAAGGAGCAUGAGCAGGUUUGGGGAUCAGAACCCCAUGUUCUGCUGCUUUAAAUGGAAAAUCUACUCCUGUGGCUCAGCCCACCCAAGGACUUCAACCAAUAACCCAAAGGAUUGAAAAUCAGUGAUGGCCUGGAAGCCUUGAAAUACUGAGUGACUGAUGUCUUCUCAGUGAACUCAUUAUUUGACAUGUUUGCAUGUUGAACACAAAAUUAUACAGUAUUAGCUAUUUAAAAUGCAUCUUGUA